GCAGGGGGAGGGGGUAGUGCCAGCCAGCAGCUGACCCUGCAGGAGGUCGCCGAACUGAUCCGGACCAGAGCCUGCCAGCGGGUGGUGGUUAUGGCAGGUGCUGGCAUCAGCACCCCCAGUGGCAUCCCCGACUUCAGGUCUCCAGGGAGCGGCCUUUACAGCAACCUGAAGCAGUACAACCUCCCGUACCCCGAAGCCAUCUUUGAACUGACCUUCUUCUUCCAAAACCCCAAGCCCUUUUUCACCCUGGCCAAGGAGCUAUAUCCCGGGAACUUCAAGCCCAACAUGACUCACUACUUCCUCCGGCUCCUGCAUGACAAGGGGCUGCUGCUGCGUCUCUACACCCAGAACAUUGAUGGGCUUGAGCGAGUGUCUGGCAUCCCCGCCUCGAAGCUGGUUGAAGCCCACGGCACCUUUGCGUCUGCCACCUGCACCGUCUGCCUCCGAGCCUGCCCUGGGGAGGAUUUCUGGGCCGCCGUGCUGGCUGACAGGGUGCCCUGCUGCCGGGUCUGCACCGGCAUCGUGAAACCCGACGUGGUGUUCUUCGGGGAGCCGCUGCCAGAGAGGUUCCUGCUGCACGUGGUCGACUUCCCCGUGGCGGACCUGCUGCUGGUCCUCGGCACCUCGCUGGAGGUGGAACCUUUCGCCAGCUUGUCUGAGUACGUCCGCCACUCCGUGCCCCGAGUCCUCAUCAACCAGGCUGUGGUGGGCACCUUCGCGUGGCAACCUAGGGGCAGAGAUGUGGUGCAGCUGGGGGACGUGGUACACGGCGUGGAGAAGCUGGUGACGCUGCUGGGCUGGACCGAGGAGAUGCAGGACCUCAUGCGGCGGGAGAGGGAGAAGCUCGGCGCAGGGAAGAGUUAGGUGUGGUGUCCGUGGCUGCCAAGGAGGCCACCAUGAAGGAAACCACAUCUACUGAGCUGCCCUUGUGCCAGGACCUCAGUGAGCAUGUGGCAUGGGACCCCAGGACCAGAGCAGGCGUGUCAGCAUCUGAGUACACAACGGACGCUCCAGGCUGGCUUCUCUGCACAGCCACCCAAAGAGCUAUCCAGCGUUCUUCUGGUGGCCCUCGGGAGUGGAGAACUGCAGGAUCUCAGACCAGCCCUUGGCGUUGCCCAGUUGGAUCUGAUGGCAGCCUCAAAGCCAAGUUGGUCCCCAGUGUGUCCCCCAGACCUGGGUAUCUUCAGGGUCUUCCAGUGGUUGUUUUAAUUCAACAAACCUGUCCCCCUUUAGUGGCAUAAACUGUAGUCUAAAAACUGGGCAUCUCUUCAUUUCCAUCUUCAUAAAGAACCAAGCAUGGGCAUGAAGGGGUAAGGGCCCCAGCUGUUGGCUUGCCUGCUAAGAUUCCUGCACCCACCCCAGCCCUUUCUCCAUUGCUCCACGGCCUUCUGGCAGUGCCUGCCCAUCCUUCCACCACUUCCCCUCACUGCGGACCCAACCAGCUUGUCCCUGAGCCACCAGAGCCCACAGGUCCCAGGCGCCUGCCUUCAGGCCCCCACACGCCUCCCACCUGCUGAUAGAUGCCUUUCCCCCAUCAGCUCCAGGGGGCCAGGUCUCUAGAAAACAUAGGCAUCUGGUCUGAGGAGAAGGAUGCAAGUUUCUAAAGUUUCUUUGCUCGUCACAAUGCAGACAUACCAC